AUGGUCGUCUCUCUGAAAAAAGGCCGGAUGGUUCAUUAGUGGUUGAAAAGGCAUCGCAGUCCUUUGAGUACCACAACAAAACGCCUCACCGCUUUCUGUUUUUCUUUUCUGUUUCCCGUUCUUUUCUUUUCAGGCCGUCUCAUUCAUUGAUUAAGACUCAAUGUCCGUCCACCGAGCGGACUCAAGAAACCCCGACGGCGACCCGAACGCAUCCGCCAACAGUGAUUUUUAUUCUCAUGUGGAAGUGCGUGGACAAGAUGAGGUGCUUCAGGAAACGUUCCGUGUUCCCCUUCCUCGGCUUCCUCAUCGUCUUCCUCCUCUUCUUCAACCUUUACAUGGACGAUGGAUUCGUGCUGGAGGCUGAAAAACGACAGCUGGGAGAGACGCUGAUUCAACCUUCCAGCUCUGAGCGAUACGUCCACACAUUCACAGAUCUGUCUAAUUUCUCCGGGACCAGAAACGUGACAUAUCGCUACCUCGCGGGAAUUCCUGUGCCGCAUAAAAAGUAUCUCACCAUCGGUUUGUCCUCCGUCAAGAGGAAGAAGGGAAACUACCUGCUGGAGACCAUCAAGUCCAUCUUCGAUCAGUCCAGCUACGAGGAGCUCAAAGAGAUCGUGGUCGUGGUCCACCUGGCCGACUUCGACCUGGUCUGGUGUGAGAACCUGGUGCAGGAAAUCAGCAGGAAGUUUGCUCACCACAUCAUAGCCGGACGCCUCCUGGUGAUCCAGGCCCCGGAGGAGUUCUACCCGUCUCUGGACGGGCUGAAGAGGAACUACAACGACCCGGAGGACCGCGUCCGUUUCCGCUCCAAGCAGAACGCCGACUACGCCUUCCUGCUCAACUUCUGCACCAACCUCUCCGACUUCUACAUGAUGUUGGAGGACGACGUCCGCUGCUCCAGGAACUUCCUGACGGCGCUGAAGAAGGUGAUCACCUCCAGGGAAGGCUCCUACUGGGUGAUGCUGGAGUUCUCCAAGCUGGGCUACAUCGGGAAGCUGUACCACUCCAGGGACCUGCCCCGCCUGGCCCACUUCCUCCUCAUGUUCUACCAGGAGAUGCCCUGCGACUGGCUCCUCAUCCACUUCAGGGGCCUGCUGGCCCAGAAGGACGUGAUCCGCUUCAAGCCCUCGCUGUUCCAGCACAUGGGCUACUACUCCUCCUACAAAGGGGCCGAGAACAAGCUGAAGGACGACGACUUUGAGGAGGACGCCGUAGACAUUCCCGACAACCCCCCCGCCAGCAUGUACACCAACAUCAACGUCUUUGAGAACUACGACGCCACCAAGGCCUACAGCACCGUGGACGAGUACUUCUGGGGGAAGCCUCCUUCCACGGGAGACUUCUUCCUUAUAAUCUUCAACAAGUCAACCAAAAUCAGCAGAAUCAAAAUAGUGACGGGCACGGAGGAGCGCCAGAACGACGUCCUCCACCACGGGGCGCUGGAGGUGGGGCAGAAGGCCGCGGACACCAAGCAGGGAAGGCAGUGCGCCUCCUACAUCACGCUGGGGGAGUUCAAAGGCGGGAGCAUCGAGGUGGAACACGUGGACCGCAAGAUCGGCUUCGACAUCGAGUGCGUGCGCGUGGUGGUCACCGCCAGCCAGAGGGAGUGGCUCAUCAUAAGGACGGUCAGUUUAUGGACUGUGCAGCCCGCCGGUCAGUUCAGGAAGUGACGGAGCAGCUUUUUAAAUCACUGGCCGUACGUUCAGUGUUACUUUUGGAUGCCAGUUCAUUUUGGACUACUUCUGGAAAGUUAAUGGGAUUCAAGCGAUCCAUGUUUUCUUGGGUUGUUUUCAUUGUGAAUGUGUGUUAAAAUUGACAGUAUUGAGCCUUUCUACAUAUGUUCUUUUUCCUAAUUCUCUAUAUAAAAUAGUUCCUACAUGGCUGCUUUCUUGUUUUUAUCGUUUGUCAUUGCAUCUUUAAGAGCUGUUGCGUUAGUUUUCCUACAUUUUAUAACCUGCUCACAAACGUUUCGAAUCACGAUUCAUCUAUUGCUGAUAAAAACAGUGGAUCGAAGAAGACGUUGGUUUAUUAAAGAUGUCGAUGUGA